AUGACGAGGUGCAGUUUGAUGCCUCACCCCCUCGCCAAGGGCCUCAUGAUCCUGCAGAAUGUGUCCAGCCGUGACACCCAGAACCCAGAAGGGAGACAGCUCCGAAACCCGCACAGCCUCAGCAGGUCGGCCCAGGCCAUCAGCCGCUACUACCGGAAGAUGAGUGACCUCAAGGACACGGACAGCCCUGAUGGCUUUGUGUCCGAAACGGAGGAAAUGAGGAGGGCGUUUCUCAGGCGGCCUGGCUGCCCCCAGUUUAGCACCAGGGCCACAUCUAUAUCCCAACUGGGUUCAGGCACUGUGGUCGGUCUGCCCAGGGAGGUGUGCGUCAGCCCUGAGACCUGGAGGAUGAUGGAGGACCCGCUCCUGGACAGGCGGGGCUUGGACACGGGAGUGGACAGGCGCCUCAUUCCCUUCAGUAAGAGCGCCUGUGAGCUCAACCACCUGCACAAGGAGGACGAACCCCGGACCCCGAGUCCCGUCACCAGCAGCCCACUCACAGCCCAGAGCUUCCCGAGACAGAGGAUGCCCUGGUACAUCUCGGUCAUCCACGAGAAGAUUCGGCGCCUGUCUGAGCUGGAGGCGCAGGUCCAGCAGAAAGACCAGGAGAUCCUGGCGCUCCAGAGGGAGAAGGAGGUCCUCAGGAGGCAGCUGAAGUGCCUCCUCAGAAGCAAGAGCCAAGAGACACCGGUGUCUGCGGAUAGGAAGGAGCGGCCCUCGGAGGCUCAGAAGCUGGGGGUACUGAGCAUCCUGAAGUCCCUCUACAAGGAUGAGGAGGAGCAGGAGCGCUGGGUGCAGGAGGAGCACGCCAAGGAGCACAGCGAGGAGGAAGAGGAGGAGGGGGAGGGGGAAGGGGAGGAGGAGGAUGGGGAGAGGGAGGGGGAAGAGGAAGGCCAAGACCAGGGGCCCCCGGUGACCAGGGCAAAGGGCAGCAUGGGCAGGAUGGGGGCCGUGCCGGAGGAGGGCCCUGAGGGGGAGGAAGAGGACGAGGAAGAGGACGGGGACCAGGAGGAAUCGGAGGAACGGAGCUGGGAACUGCGGGAGGGAGAGGGGAGCCCCCCGAGGAAGGCCUACUCCCUGACCGAGUCCUUCGAGGAGGAGCUGAUGGCCCAGCUGGAGGAGUACGAGCGCACGCUGGUGGAGUUCCAGAGCGAGCUGGGGGUCACCAGGACCAGAUACGCCCUCGCCACAGGAACCAUCACGACACUGCAGCGGCAGGUGGAGUUCCAAGAAUCCCAGCUGCGAAAGGUCAACACGGAGAAGGAGCUUCUGCGGAAGGAACUGCAGGAGCGGAAGCAGCAGCUGCAGGCCAUGUCCGACAAGUUCUCCAGCCUCCGGGAAGAGAAGAAGCACCAGGAGAUGAUGGGGCUCAUCCAGAAGGACAACCUUGUCCUCCGAGAGCGGGUGUCAGAGCUGGAGGCAGAGCUCACCAAACGUGACCUGGCCAUCACGGAGCUGAGCACCAAGGUGGGCGAGCUGCAGACGCAGACUGAGCGGGACCAGGACCACCGGCAGCGAUGGAAGCAGCUGCACGAGGAGCUGCAGAGCAGGAAUGAGAUGGUGCGGCAGGCAGAGCAGGCGACCCGCGUGGCCCUGGAGAGCGCCCAGUCCAGGCUUGAGAGACUGAGGAGUAAGAUCAUCCAGGCCACCUUCAAUGUCAGCGGGAUCAAGUCCUUGGCCACUGAGAUCUCUGACAACCACAUCCUGGAGGCCCUGCAGAGGAUCAUCUCAGAGAGGAGCGACUACUACCACCAGCUGAAGCAGAAAGGGGUCAGAGUGCCCCCGCUGCAGCAGUCAGAGAUCAUGCUCACCAAGCCCACGAGGGUCACCUCCAAAUAAGCCCAGCAGCGGCCCAGGGCAGUGAGCCCUCAGAGGCCAGGACCCGGGGAUGGGGGGCGGGUACCUGCUCUGAUUCAGAAUUAAACCCUGGUGCCAGCCUUGGUCUCCUCUCUUCCUUCCCUGCUGCCCCGUGUGGCUAGUCUCCUCCACCCUGGGCUCAUGGUCCGCACGCCAGCACUCACC